AUUGAAACUCUCAUAAACCGUCCGCAUAAAGGCACACACGCUAUGCAGUUCACGCACCCCUUCUUGUCUGAUUGAUUUGAUCGAUCUGCUUUCGGAAGGGGUCCCCUCUAUCUCACUCACACCAACGGCACAUGUCAUGUAGUCAGGCAGGCCCUUUCUGGCGGCGGAGGACCGGCCAGCGACCUGUAUUUCAGUCACUGUCAGCCGCCUCCCUCAUUCAUCCACCUAGACGACAAGACAAGACAAAGGGACCUACCAGCAAAAAAGGAAAAAGGCCUUCUCACGCGGCGCUUGACUGUGUGUUUUGACAUGGAUGAAGGCAACGCAUUUCUCCAAGCGUCGUGUGACGGACACUCAGGGAAACGAGUCACCGUCACCCAUCUGGAAAACACACCGGCAGUGCACCGCGUAUUCGUUGGUCAAAAGGGAUAGGCAAGCGCCUACAGGUUACAGAAUGGAUAUGAACGACACCGCGCCCUCACUCAACCAUCCGUCUAGUGCUGUGGUGUCUGUCUGCUGCUGCCUAGCCAUGAAGGCCAAUGCACGAUACGUUUCUGACACAUCGCGCAAAGGCCUUCACCACAAGACAAGCAGACACACAUCCGAAAGCAUAGACGAAGGGGACAGGCUUGCAAGCCCAAACCAUUCGUUCAUCAGUGCAUCCAUCCAUCCAUCCGCCCAUGCAAUAAAGGCAUGACGCCCACACAAGCAGCAGCUCGGAAGAUACAACCGCGUACACACCACCUCACAUACACAGACACGGACACAGUUGAAGGGCCCUCCUCCCCAUUUCAAGCCGAAAAUCAGACGCUGACAGGCAGCAUCUGCGGUAACGAGCGAUGCCCACGUCUUGUCUGCCCUGUGUGAGUCUGUUUCAGCCGGCUGCAUGAUGUGGUCAGGCUCAUGCGAAGUGGGAGACGCGUGAGCUUUACCACAAAGACAACGGGCUCAAUCACACAUCCACACACGACAGAAGACGGGACACAUUUCGCAUAUCUAUCAAGGGAGAUGGCAAGAAAGGGAUAGGCAGGCAGGCAAGCAGGCAUCGCAGUCAGUACUUGCCGCCCUCUCUCUGCAUCAAUUCAGACACCACACGAUCAAAAUCCCUUCGAUGAACGAACAUCUCAUAUGCAAUUGCCCCAUUUCUUAAAUCACUCUCCCCUCGUCCCUCCCUCCCUCCCUCCCUCCCUCCCAUGUCCUGUCUUGUCUCUUCACCUGCGUCCAUCAGUUGUAUCCGCCACCCCCUCCACUGCCACUGCCGCCCCCGCCCCCGCCCCCACGCGGCACAUAGUGACCGCGACCACGGCCACGACCACCGCCACCUGAUACAUACACACACAAAUGCACGCCAAGAACACAAAUGAGCCAGAUCAUCCACCAACAGAUCCAAAGGUGCGUGUGCGUGUCUUACGUUGAUGUUGAUAGUGUCCCCCUCCCCGGCCGCCACCGCGCCCUCGCCCACCCCGCCCCGCGCGAUGGGGCUGACCACCAUGCCGCUCGUCAUGGGUGUGGACCCCAUCACCGGCAGUAUUGGCAUGCAUGUGUGUCUGUGUUGGAGGGGCCGUCAUGCCGCCGGGAGGUGUGGGUGUGGGGUGGUGCACCGGCUGCCAAUGCCCAUGGGCAUUGCCAUGAGCAUGGCCGGAGCGAUGGUGCGACGUCGUGCCACUACUGGUAGACGUAUGGGUGUGGGAGUGCGGAUUGUUGGCGCCCGGAGAUGGGCGGGGCUGGCUCGUCGAGUGCGUGGCGGACGGCUUUUUGUCGCGAGCUCCAGGAGGACGGUAUGGCUCAGCACCACCACCACUGCCACGGCCUGGCCGCUUGCCGCUCUUGGGUGAAGACUCGGUCUUCUCCUUCUGCGGGUCGCUGGCGAUGGUGGGCUUGUGUGUGGGUGGCGAGGGCGGCUUGGCAGACGACGAUGCACCGUCUCCCUCAGCGGCCGCGGUGUCCUUGUCUGCCGUGUCGACGGUGACUGCAGCCUUCUCAGUCGUCAUCGCACUCUUGGUCAUGGUCUGGGCCACGGGUGCCUCCACCUCCUCGUGCUUCUCCACCACAGGUGCGGCGUCCACCUCUUCAGGCUUGGCGGCAGUCGGUGCCUCGAUGGUCUGCAUGGGGGGAGGGUCCUGCAGCAGUGGCGGUGGGACGGUGGAUGCGUCCGUGUCGGCGCGCGUGGUGUCGCCCUUGACGUCGCGGGUGACGAUGGAUGACUUGGCCGUCUCCGUCGGGGACGCUGAGCGCACGCAAGGUGAGCGAGCCGGUAUGUAUGAGCCAUGUGCCAGAGUGCUGCUUAUGCGUACUGUACCUGUUUCCUUGCUGUCAGUGGGUGUCGGUUGGCACGGCGCCGGCACCACUGCUGCCUGGUAGCCUGGGACGGUGCCUUGGACCACUGCACAGAACACACAACGACAGCCAACGUGCAGUGAAGACGCCUCUGAGGACAUAGAUCAAGACCACACCCCACGUACCUCUGGCAGGCUGCUGAGCCGCACGAGGACGAAGGAAGCCGAAGCACAGGCAGCCGCAGAAUCCUGCGCACAAAGCGACAAAGAAGACAUCGAAGGCCGUUCAGUCAGGGUCGUUGCCACCGUUGUGUGUCUGAUCUGCGCCUCUCUGCCCGCUGCCGUCGGCUUACGUUCGAGGCAAGUUGGUUCCGGCUCUCUGAGCAGCGGCUGGGCCUCGCUGCCAGAUCUCUUUGCUUCUGUGUCCAUCGCGCUGCUCCUCGUGUACCAGUAAGCACUGACGGACUAAAAGGAGAAACAGCCGCAGAAG